GCCUCUGCAGCGAGCAAGCCGGGUCGAAGGCCUCGUAAACGCCCCAGAAAACCACCGGUCCGGCGGGUGGUCGCUGAGGCCUACCCUGCGGAGAUUGUCCCCCCCGUUGAUCCUGCCGACGGAUCAGUUCUGCCUGUUCUGGCCUCACCCUCCUUUUCGGCCGUUGUCAAUCACAAUGGCGACGCACCCGAACGUACCAGUCCCCCAGAACCAAUUUUCCUCGGAUCUGCCAGUGCAGUUAUUACGUCCACUAAUCAAGAAGCCUCUAUCCCGACUGCUGUCUCUCCAGCUGACCAAAGGGUCAAAAAGCGUCGGGCGCCCUCGGAAACUUCAGAACAGUCAGUCAGUGAAAAUGAAGACGAUCAGGAUGAGGCUGAAGAAGAGGAAGACAGCGAAGAGGAUGAGGAAGAGGAGGACGACGGGGAGGAUGAGGACGAUGAGAUUCGUGGCCACGAGAGUCCCGUGAAGGAGACUCCGUCCGAGACCGACGCCGCGGUACCAGCGCGCCAAUGCUACGUCAUCUGUCAGGACAACUGCAGUACCCGCAAGGUGAGAAAGAACAGCAAAUGUCACCUUCGAAUUACUCACCAAUUCGAGAUGAGUAUCUCCCCCUGUCUUGCCUCACUGAUUAUGCCUGCCCUCCCCUCUCUCAUGUCUCUUCAACUUACUCGAGCUUUACGUAUUGUCUUUUACACGAAACGCUCUCCUGACCAUUAA